AUGACUCCGGUUUUGUGUUCAGCGAAAGCCUUGGAACGUGGCACUCUGUGUACAGCUGCUUCUGCCCUUUGCCGAGGCAGCGCCCACAGCAGGACCUUAGUCCCAAUUCCCUGCAAACUGACUCUACCCACCAGCGAGCGUGCCCUAGCUUACGCUACUAAUCGGCACAUAAACCAAAAUGAGCAAGCGAAACAAGACCAAGUGCAGAAUCGUUCGGACUCCUCUAUGUGGUGGGAGGACGGAGACACAGAAUGGCCUGCUGACCUCGUUGCAAGGACGUUCCCCCCGACUCCAGUCCGUGCAGCUCUACAACAGCAGAUGCAUCACAAUCAACAGGGAUAUGCCGCAGGUUCAAAGACCUGUGGUGUAUCCAUGUAUACACCAGGACAGGAAGCAGCUUUCUCAGCUUGUCAUGCAGCAUCGUGUGCAUCGCCAGGCUCUACCGACAAACCACCUCAGUUACUAGCAGCAGGACCAGGAUUGGGAACCCCACCAGCAGCAGCACACUUGGAUAUUUCCCCGCUGUUGAUGGUCACCCCGCUUUCUGCGGCCGAACGGCACACCCUUGUGCUUCUUUGGCGCCGCCUCACUUGUACAAAGACCCCUCUCAAGUCACUUGCAGGGGAACCAGUAGGCCCUCCGCUCGUGGCUUUUGUAGAAGCCAGAUGGGGUCUGCCGACAUCUCUAUUAGCUGCAGAAGAGACACACAAAGACUUUUUCGGAUGGCUUUUCACUGCAGUGCGGAUGUCUCAGCAGCACCAAGACCACCAAAAGCAGCAGGAGGAUCCCAUGGAUGUGGCGCAAGUAGCUUCCGUUAAGGAUUUGCUGCAGGCCAUUAGGGGACAUUUCCACCUCCAGGAUGCAGCAGUGAGGCACGCACAGCUGCAGCAGCAGUCGGCUCAGCAGGGACUGGAUAACCUGCUGCAGCAAUGGAGGAGAGGCUUUUCAGAUGUCGCUGAGCUGGACAUUCUCAGCAGCACUUACAGCAUGCUGUUGGAAAUCGCUUCUGCCAUGGAAAGCACCUGCGGGCUGCCUGGAGGCCAUCGGAUCAGCGUCAAUGCAGAACAUGUUUUCCCCGCUGCUACUGGCCCCCUGAUGGCUUUAGCCCGAAUAUACUUCGCCCGUCGGGCCUUCUCCGGCGUCAUGUCUCUUAAGAACAAAUUGAAACUGGUGGACCUGACGAAUCCGGAACGGUGGUUUCCUUAUGCACGUCGGCAGAAGCGUUCCAUCUCUCUUUUUCUGGGGCCACCCAACAGCGGCAAGACCCGAAGAGCCCUAGAUGCCAUCAUGGCGGCCCCAACGGGGUGCUACUUGGGGCCCCUCAGGCUGCUGGCGCGUGAGGUGUAUAACCAGCUCAAAGCCAAAGGCAUCAGGUGCUCUCUGAUUACAGGGCCGGAAAAGAUCAUUGACAGUGAAGCAACACACGUUUGCAGCACAGUCGAGGCAGCAGUCCUGGAUAGGGACUUCGCUCUGGGGGUGUUGGACGAGGUUCAGCUUCUCGGAGACGCACAGAGAGGCCCUGCGUGGACAAGGGCUUUCCUUGGGCUCAGGGUACAUGAGCGCUUUGCUCUUCGAUACUGGUGCUUUGCGAAUGCUUUAAUGCUGUUGUUGCAGGUCACCGAACUACACGUUUGUGGAGAGGAGACGGCUGGCCCCCUCGUGGAGAAACUGGCGCUACAGUGCGGAGACACAGUAUGCAACAAAUGCACACUAAACUCUCUCGCCGUACUCAAGGUGGAGGAGCAGGCCCUCCCAACUGAUUGGGUGUCAUCUUUGCAGGCAGGCGACUGCCUUCUCACUUUCUCCGUAAACGCCUGCUGGCAGCUAAAGAGCUUCCUGGCUACCAGGGGCGUCCGAGCAUCUGUGUUAUAUGGACAGCUACCACCGGAUGUCAGGCUGCGGCAAACUAGGAAGUUCAAUGAAGCAGUGCAACUGCAUAUUUCGAAGCUGCAGGAACAGCAGCAUCCAGCACUGCACACUGUGCCACUCCAUUCAGCUGCUUCUAUUAACCCAUGCGCAAUGGAGCAAAGAGUUAUUACUCCUCUCUCUGAUCCAGCAACGCCACUAUCCUCGAUCGCAUCUUUGCAAACACCAGGGAAAGCAGCAGCAGGAGAUCAAGAAGCGGGAGAUUCUUAUCCUAUCCCCAACUCAGUCCUAAUAGCAACCGAUGCCAUUGGUUUGGGGGUGAACCUGGCAAUUCGCCGCAUUAUUUUCACAUCGAUUUUUAAGUAUGAUGGGGCUCACCUGAGGCCGUUGGGGGCGUCCGAGAUCCGCCAGCUUGCCUUCAGAGCCGGCAGGUUUGGUGGCCCGUGGGGUUUACAAGGUGGCUUUGUCUGUGCUUUGUAUGAAGACCAGCUCGAAGCGUUAAGAGGAAUCCUUGAAGGCCCUGGUAUCUCAGCACCUCCCCUGAAUGCCGCUGCCCUAUUGCCGGAGUCUUGGAUCUUCAUACUCUUUUGUAAAUUCUCAAGAAUCACAUCCCACGAAGCUCCGGCUGCUAUUAUACAGCAGUUCGUAUCUCUGAUACACACGAGAAACCCUUACUUUAUCCCCCCGGGAGCCCUGCACGGGGCCAUUGCUGUCGCGGAUUUGUUGAAGGAUAUUCCCCUGAGGCCUCAUGAGCUAUAUAUAUUUUGCACAGCCCCCGUUUCCGUGUCCCGGCCUCCACAGCAGAUAGGGCUGCAGGAACAGUUGCAACACGAGAGCAGAGAUGCAGGGAUCAGACAGGACACGCAUAUGACGGCUUCCCACGUAAAUAGGACGGUUGUAGCUGAUGAUGAAAUUUCAGUGUCACGCUCGGAGAGUACCACGGCAACAGGAACUGCUGCUGCUUCGGGAUAUAUCAGUCUCCCCAUGCAGGCAGCACUGCGCUCGUUUGCUGUCUCGCUCGCUGCAACUAGGCUGGUCAUGCUGCCUCCGCCUUUUCGCAUAGUUCGUCGAAAGGAAAAUGUGCACCAGCAUGUGCAGGUUCAGCAGCAGGAGAGCCAACUACGGCACAUGUGCGGGCUAGAUGAUCCCCCUCAACUUGCAGCUGCGGCAGGUGUAGGGUUUUUUGAUGCCAGUGUCCUCGGGCAGCCCCCCGAGGCUGAGGAGACCGAGGCAGCGCCGGCAGAGACACUGGAGUCUCUGAGAGCUUGGGAAACAAUAUACCAGGUACUGGACCUUUAUUUAUGGUUGGCAGACAAAUUGCCAAAGGCCUUCACUGACGCCCCUCUUGCUGUUUCAGGGAAGGCCCUGGCGGCGGAAGUCAUUGAGGAGGCUUUAGAUAGGGGCGCGCCCCUCCAGGGCCUCGGGGAGCCAGAUGAACCAGAGCAUCCUUGA